CUGGGUCCCCGCGGACGGAGCUGCCAUGGUGCUGCCGCUGCCGCUGUGCACGCUGCCGCCCGGCCCCGGACCGCCUCGCUUCGUGUGCUACUGCGAGGGGGAGGGAAGCGGGGACGGGGAUCUCGGCGCCUUCAACCUCUAUGUAACGGACGCGGUGGCGCUGUGGAGCACCUGCUUCACGCUGGACAGCCUGGCGGCCCUCAAAGCCCGUUUUGGCCUGAGUGCGGCUGAAGACAUCACUCCCCGGUUCAGGGCAGCCUGCGCACAGCAAGCUGUGACUCUGACCCUGCAGGAGGACAAAGCAUCCCUGACCCUUUCAGGGGGCCUCUUGGCCCUGGCCUUUGACCUGUCCAAGGUGCCUGGCCCAGAGGCAGCCCCCAGGUUGCAGGCACUGACACUGAGCCUGGCAAAGCGUGUGUGCAGCUUGGAGCGGCAGCUGACAGCUGCAGAAGAGACAGCUCCCAGCCCCAGGAAGAGCCCACGGCCUGCAGGGCCUCAGCUCUUCUUACCAGACCCAGAUCCCCAGAGAGGUGGCCCUGGACCUGGGGUCAGGAGACGGUGUCCGGGAGAGUCCCUUAUCAACCCUGGCUUUAAAAGUAAGAAACCAGCUGGCGGCGUAAACUUUGAUGAAACCUGAAGGUACAGCAAAAAACGUGGCCCUGCUGAGAGUCUGCCUGUGAGGGGAGGGGUAGCCUCCAAGGUCCCCCCACUGGAGACCUCCACCACCCGUUCCACUUGCCUGCCCUGCUGCCGGGCAGGAAUAAGGCAGCUCCUCAAGUCCCUUCCCCACCAAAUAAAUACUCCCUCGGGGUGCAGG